AUGGAUGCACAAGGGCAGUCUGUGACGGCGUGGCUGCGCGCAUUGGAGCGCCGCUACGCCCACGCGUUCGACGCCACCUUGUCGCGGCUGCUCAGCGACGGCACCACGCACUCCGCGGCGGCCGCGUUUCUCGCGCGUCACCUCAGCGGCACACGCUACGAACUGCUGGAGGUGCGCGGCUGCUCCGGCAGAGCGGAGCGGCUGCCGCUCUUCGCGUGCUUGCUGCACCCGCUGCCGGAGGUGCGCCUGCUUGCCGCGAAGGCACUGGACAGCAUGACAGCGCAGCAACUCAUCACGUCGUCAUCAGCGGCAACGCCGUCGUCCUCGCCUGUCUCUGUGUCUCGCGGUGGAAACUCGCUCCUGGAGCUGCUGGAGCACGUCGCGCAGUACGAGCAGUCUGAGAAGGUUGCGUCGCAGCUGCUGCACACCGCCGCCACGGCCGCGGAGCGGUUGCUGGCGUUGGCGGCGAGCCGCCAAACGGAGGAGGAGGAGGAGGAGGCUGACGGCAAGCAACACGCCGCUGAGCAGCGUCUUGUGAUUGCCCACCUCCGAGGCGUUCUCCACGCACUGUGGCGUAUGGCCGCGCAACACAAUUCAGCCAUUCAGGUCGAUCUCUUCCGCGUUGUGCUGAAGCCGCUGUUGCAGCACGUUAAGCCGCGCCUCUCAACGUCCCCAGCGAAGAAGAAAAAGAUGGCGGCGCCACUCAGCAGUGAGUCUGCCGCCUUCCAGGACAUUGUACGAGGGCUCGCGCUCUACUAUGUGACGCUGCAGUACGUGGAUGCGGUGGACCGACGAGCAGCAGGACGCCUGACCAACAGCACAGCGGAGGACGAGACAGAAGGAGACACACAACUGUGUGAGUUGAUUGCGGAGUUGGAGCAGCAGCUGUGCGACGUCGUGCCAGACGUGAGCAGGACCGCUGCAUUGCUAAUAGCAGCGUCGGUCGGCACAACAGCGAAGGAAGAGAAGGACGACACGGAUAGCAGCGAUGAUGAGACGACGAGGACGACGAAGAAGCAGCAGCAGCAGCGAAAGAGCGGCUCCAUGCAGGUCACCGGGAGUUCUGCAGCUGCGAAGGGGAACCGCAACGGGUGCCUCUCAGUGUUUGAAUGUGUGCCACUCCUGCAGCUGUUGCGCGAGGAGGCUGCCGCACGCCUGCAACCAACGCUGGCUCAGCUGCAGAGCAGCGCAGAAGAAGGUUCUUUCUCUCGUGCAUCAAGGGUGGUAAUGCUUGAGUGCUGCCUGUCGUGUGCGGCGCGACUCGCAACGUCCACGACGUCCGAUGCAGACGCGGUGGUGCGCACCCUGUUGCAGUUCUUCCUUGGCGAACAGAAGACAGGCGCAGACAAUGGCUACCUGGCCUCUUUGCAGGAAGCACAGCGUGCGGCAUCGCGACACGAGAAGGCUAAGGUCGGCCGUGGCGCAAAGAACAGUCUGGCGGUUCCGUACGUGCCGCAGGAUGAGUUGACGUCGGCGUUGGGUGCCACUGUGCGUUGCAGCAUGGAGGUGCGCCUGACCACCAGAAGCGAGAGCAGCAGCAGCAGCAGCCCAAUCGAGGACAUGGAGUCCCUGGUGCGUAUUGGGCGGCUGCUGGGUUACCUCAGCACUCCACUGCCUGCCAUGGCGCUGAGCCCCGCCCGCCUUCCGCCUGCGUACUUGCGGCUGUUGGAGCUGCACGACGGCGACAAUGGCAACAACAACACUUCUGAUGGUGAGGCCCGCUUCCCAGUGGAUUGGUUCAGUCUCGUCUUUGCGGCGGUGUACCGCACGCACUCCAGUGUGGCAGCAGAGGGCAAACUGCCCUUCUCGCUGACGGCACUUUCGUUGACACUGCUGUGCCCACUUGCUGCGCCGGAGAGCCGACGGGAAAGUGUGCUGCAGGAGCUACAGGCCAUGGUGCUCGCGCCUCCGAAGGGCGAGCGCGGCGCUGCCAGCAACAGUGCGCGCGUGGUUGUGAAAGCGGCGAUGCAGCAGGAAAAAAUCUCCGUCACAACACUCAGUGCUCUUAUUGAGGCAAUGGCUCGAGCGGAGUCGCGUGGGGGCCUCACAGGUGGCGCGGCCGAGCUGCUUUGCCGCAUGAUGGCCGAGAUGUGCGUUGGAUCAAAGGGGGAGCCGGCGAUGCCAUUCUCUGUGUCGCGUCGCGCGAUGGAACACUUCUUCCCUCUUCGUGGCAACAACAACAACAUCAAUAACAACAACAACAGCAACAACCGGGGUGGUGGCGCGGCCUGCAAUAUUUCCAUGGCCAUUCUUCUGCCGGUUGUGGAGGGAGUUCUGGCGACCGGUGGCAGCAGCGGCGGUGCGGCGGUAGUAAGUCCUGACGCAGCGGACUUUUUGCAUGCUGUCUGCCUGCGCGCGGAGUUGAGCGCUGGCGACGAUGCGUUCCUGCAGCUGUGUGUGGCGCUCCUACGCCACCCGUUCCUGCGCGUUGCAGGCGACCGUGUGCGUCCUGUGUACCGCCAUGCCCUCAGCGCCUUCGCCGCCGCGUUGAGCCGGGGACUGGAGGCGCAUAAGCCAACAAGCUCUGUACUGUUCAUUCCGCAGACCCGGAAGGGCACGUCAGCGGCCUCGCCGCGCAGCAGCAGCGGCGGCAACGGGGCGGGAAGUAGCGGCGAAGAGUACAUGCGUCACGUUGCGGCAACACUCACUGACACGCUCUUGGGUGACGACGCGCGUUUGAGUCGUCUUGGCGGCGACGCUGCUAUGCUGCUUGUUGGCACGCUUGGCGGCUACCACCGUCUCUUCCUGCCUUGGUUGGCGCGGCUUGUGGAGCAGGCUGAACCCGACUUGUCGGCCUUGGUGGAGGUGGUGGAGGCGCUCGCGGCUCCGUCAACAUCAACAGCAGCAGAGGUGGAUGCGUGGGAGCCGCCGUCGUGGUGUGCUCUGCAGAAUCCGCUGACGUUCACCGACGCGCAAUGCCUUCUACAGCUGUGCGGUAAGUCAUGUGGCAAGUCCCGCGGUGGAGAGCAGCAGCAGCAGCACUCAUGGUCGCGGCAUUCGGAUGCUGUUCUCGGGCUUCGGCUGCUGUGCAGCGUCAUCGCUGCCGCUCCGUCCAUCCGCUUUGACGACGACGACGAGGCCGCGUCGCUCUUCACACUCAUCAACGGCAUGUUGGAGUCGUUUCCCCUGAGCGGUCUGCUGCUGCUCCUCGCGGAGGUUGACAACGAUGACGCCGACAACACUGACAGCAAUAGGGCGAACAAGGGCGAUGACAUGGAGACGUACCACCGCUGUGCACUUGCGUACGUGCGCGGCGUGGUCGACCUCUGUGUGUCGGCGCCACACGCGCUGAACGAAGUGCAGCCUCACGGUGCCGCCCGCAUUGGCCGGACGCUUGUGAAGCAGUGUGUAAUACUGAUGGCCGCGCUGCUUGUCCCUGACAGCAAAGCAGCAGCAGCAGCAGCAGCAGCGGCAGAGAUAGACGAGGAGCUGGAUUCAGGAGAGGGAGAAGGAGCGGCCUUGUCGCGCCACCGGAUUGACACUAUCGCUGAGAUUCUGCGCAUUGUGUCGCCGCUCUUCACUCCUGCCGUUCCUGCUGCUGCAGGGCUCGGUGGUAAUACUGCAGCGUCGCGCGCUGGCGGACGGACAGCGCUGCAUAUACCGAUCGUAGCGCUCCUUAUUCGGCUGGAGGCGGUGGAUUUCUCGUCAGCGCGGCACCGCUACGAGAGCGCGAUGGACGUGUGCAGCAGUCUUCUAACGAGCUUCGACGUGCACACGCAGCUGGCCUGCCUCACGCAGAUGAUGAGGCUCGUGCUCGACCCACACCAACAGCUCUCCGCCCCAACAGAGGAGGGGGAAGAGGAAGAGCAGCAACAAGGGGAGGAGAAGGAUGUGACUGAGGACGGCGCAGUUGUGAAACUCUACCGCAAGUUGGUGAAGCCAAACCAGGUGAUUAACCGGCAAGAGGGGAUUCUGCAUCUCAUCAACACCACUGUGAAGUCGGAGGCCUUCUUGGGUGGCUUUCUCGAGCUGCAGCAUAGCUACCACCACAGGAGCAGUGAGGCAGCAGGCAGCCUCCGCACGAAGCAGGACGGUGACAACGAGGCCGACGAACAGGCGACAGGAGAGGUGGGUACCCACACGAACGACGCGUGCAUGGCGCUGCUGGUCGCAACACUAGAACUCUUCGCACAUUAUGCAGAGCUCAACGCGGCCACACCAAACGACGCCACGUCUUCUUCUGCUGCUGGGGCUGCAGCUGCAGUAGCCGAGGAGGAUGAGACACUGCAGUUCGGCGAAAACAAGGCGUUCGUUAUGCUGAUGGAGCUGCUGGCUGGCAACACGCUGGCGUGCGUCCUGGCGGGCAUCAACGAGCUGACGUUUGUGGCGUGUCUGCAGCGCCUCCUAACCGACACGCGUGUGGCGCUGCAGCAGAAGGGACUGGAGGUGCUGCUUGAUCGUCUGCACCACGCCCUUCCAACGGUAGAGCACACACUCACUGACGCGGAGGUGGCGGAGCACCGGAGACAGCUGCGCGAUCCAAAGUGCAAACUCACGCUGAUGGACCUCGUGCGCGUGAAGGCGCGUCCGCUGGCGACUAAGCGCUCCUUUGCGCUCUUCACGCACCUCACUGCGCUGUUGCACGCGUCGGUGGAAGCGGCCACCACGCAGCCGUCAGCAGCGGCGGCGGCGGCGGCGACCGCGUGGCACAUGCUCCCACUGUGCGUGAGCUGCAUGGAGGAGACGGUUCGCAUUGUUGGUAGUGGCGGCAGCCUGCAGGCGGAGAAGACGCUGCUGAACGUGCACCGCGCCAACCGCGUCACGGAGGCGACGCUGUCAAAGCUGUUUGGAAACAAGGCGCGCGUGCAGGAGGUGCAUCGCUGGGUGGACGACAUGGUCGCCCUCCUUCCGCGUCUCCUCCGCCGCGAUGCAGCACCAGCAGCAGCAACAGCAGCAAGAACAACAUCGUCAUUGUCGGUGGCCGCGGAGGGUGACGCGCUGCUCGCCGGUGCUGCGAUGCUCACGGCGUUGGGAACCGUCUGCCAAGUUAUGGGCACUUCCUUUACCACUCCGCACAGCAACAAUAUCCUGCAGAGUGUUACGGGAGUGGCGGUGUUCGCGGUGGCGGAGGUCGCACCUGUCGUGUCGCGCAGUGAGGCAGGGUCACUGCUUCGCCAGGCAGCACUUGGCUGCUUGCUGCGCGUCUUUCCGUCGUGCUGGCUCAUGUGCCAGCCGUACCUUCCUCGCAUUGUAUUUGCCGCGACACACUUGCACAACGUCGACGACGGCGAGACGAACUACCGAAGCUCGGAGACAAUGUCAAUGCUGGAGGCGUUGCUGGAGCCGCAGCUGUUCAUCGAGGCAUGCACAGAGUGUCUGCGCGGUGUGGCGACAAUGAAUCCUGACAAGGGCGGGAAGAAGCCGAUGCGGGUGCGUGUUGACACCCACUCCUUUGCGCUUCUCUAUACGAGCGUGCGGCGGCGCGUGGCGGGGCUAAAGCGGGAGGAACUGCUGCAUCUGAGUAUCCUCGUUGAGGGCGCAACGGUGCACGAUAACUUCUGGCUCGCCUCGCUUCAAGCCCUCGCUGCGGCACCAGCACUCCCGUCGCGGGACAUUGUGCAGCCUGUGCUGGAGGCGUAUGAGGUGUUCUUCCUCAAGUUCAGGGCGAAACACUGCGCACGGUACUUGUCGGCGGUGGCGGAGUGGGCCUUUGGUGGCGCCGCAGAGGGCUUUCUCGAGCGCACUGAGAAGCAGCAGCAGCAACAACAAAAGAUGGAUGACAAUGACAGCCGCGAGCGGGACGAUGCGGCGGUGGUGCCGCGCUCCACAAUGCACGGCUGGCUGCUCUUCUACGCGCUGUGCAACCACCUGCUGGAGCGGCUCAGCUCGAUUUUCGACUUCGGCUUCCCCAUCAUACUGCCGUACAUUGUCAGCACGCUGACGGGCUACUGCUCCGCAGAGCAGCACACGAUGCGACACGCGGCCGGACUUAUCGCGCUGACGCUGGAAAGCGCGCUGGAGUGCGUGCGCCGCAUCGCCGCCGCGCAGACGGCCGGCCCAGACCACGACUACAGCGUGCCCGUCGACAACUACCUCGCAACGCCGGAGGUGUUCAACGCGGUAAUGCCCGCAGUUGUGCGGCAGCUGACGAACCUCGCGUACCUCGUCGAUGGCACGCACGACUACGGCUUCCGCGCGGAGCACCACGUGGUGCCGGCGGUGCGUGCGCUCUUCCAGUCGCUCGCCGCGCCGAAGCUGCAGAGCCGCAUGCAGCACGAGCUGCUCAAGACGCUGCGGCACCAAAGCCGACACGUGCGGCGCUUGGCGCUGCUGUGCCUUGACGGCAUCUACGCCGACGGCGGCGAUGAACUGGCGGCGCGGCUGAUGGCGGAGAUGCUGCCGGCCGUUGUGGAGAUGACGGAGGACCGCGAUGACGCCGUCGUGGAGCAGGCGCGGCGGCUCUGCAACAACUUGUCUGCCAUCACCGGGCAGGACGUGCUGUACGCCAUGAGCGCGUGA